AUGGGACCAAAAACACUGGACGCCACUGUGCGGGAUGACAAUCCAUACAGUCGCCUGAUGGCACUGCAGCGAAUGGGAGUUGUGGACAAUUACGAAGCCAUUCGCACAAAGUCUGUGGCUAUUAUAGGCGCCGGUGGAGUUGGCAGUGUGGUGGCAGAGAUGCUCACCCGCUGCGGUAUUGCCAAGAUACUUCUCUUUGACUAUGAUAAGGUGGAAUUGGCAAAUAUGAAUCGACUCUUCUACCGUCCAGAACAACAGGGAAUGACAAAGGUGGCGGCAGCUAAAGAAACACUUGAGGGUAUUAAUCCCGAUACGGAAAUUGUUCCUUAUGCAUUCAGCAUCACAUCUACAGAUCAUUGGCAAGAUUUUGUGGAUGCUCUUACAAAGAAUGGUGGUGUACAACCCAAUUCACCAGUGGAUUUAUUAUUAUGUUGUGUAGAUAACUUUCAAGCACGUCUUACUGUAAACUAUGCAUGUUUACUAUUUAAUAUUCCCUGGAUGGAGAGUGGAGUGGCGGAGAAUGCGGUGAGUGGACAUAUUCAAUUAUUAUUGCCAGGUGUUACUCCCUGUUAUGAGUGUUGUCCACCACUCGUUGUGGCUACAGGAAUGCCGGAGGCCAAACGUGAAGGUGUUUGUGCGGCCUCUCUGCCAACCACGAUGGGGAUCGUUGCUGGCUUUCUCGCACAGAAUACACUGAAGUAUUUACUGAACUUUGGUACGGUGAGUGAGUAUAUUGGCUAUGAUGCGAUGCGAGAUCACUUUCCAUCUGUUACGAUUAAAGCCAAUCCGGAUUGUCGGAAUGAGACGUGUGUGAUGCGGCAGCGGGAAUAUGCAGAGCGGCGGGAAAAAAUGGGAGAAGCGGCCCAUCCACUUUAUCAAGCUACAAAAUUACGGCAAGAGCGAGAGGCAAAGGAACGUGAAGCCGCAAGAGCAAAAGCAGCGGCCUCUGCAGCAGAGUGGGGUAUUGUAGUAGAGGCGCAGGGUAAAGAAGAUUUAACACUCCAUACACAAGAGCAGAAGUCUGGUUUGACUGCAGAUAAUAAUAAUAAUAAUAAUAAUAAUAAUAAUAAUAAUAAUAAUAAUAAUAGUGGUGGUGUUGAGUAUGCUUACAGUACAGGUGUAGAGGGAACUGGCACUCACAAGGAAGAGGAAUUUGUCUCUGUAGACAAUAGUGAAUCGCUUGAGGCAUUAAUGGCAAAGAUGAAGUCUUUGUAG